UGAUACAGCUAAAAUGUUUAUUUAUUAUUGCGAAAUGUAUUCCUAGUUAUUUCACUGACUUGCUUUGGAGGAGGACAGUUCUAUAAAACACUUAAACAUGGCGACUGUGACGAAACCGAUUUGGAUUUUAUUUCUCAUAUAUAUUGUUAAAACCGAAAGUGCCGAAGACAUGUCGUACCAGACUUUGCUUUUGGAAGGAAUGGAGAAAAUUCAUGCUUCUCGUCAGUCAUCAAUACCCUCUGAUAUAAAAGUUACUCCCGCCCAGCUCAGAGAAAUACGGGAUUCCAUUGACCCCUACAGGAUAUUGACUGGAUCCCCGGGGCCUCAGGCAGGCCCCGGGGUACGGGCUGUCGUCGCUGGGUUUAACGUAUCGGACACCUGUUAUAACGACACCCAGAUGAUCGGUUCUAGUGCUAUGUUAGUACAGUUGUGGGCCCUCAAAAUGGUGGACGCCGGCGGAAAGCCACCCAGUGACAUUUUAAACGGUAACCAAGGCUGGCUCGGUUCCUAUGACGAAUGCCUCAGUAUUACAAGCGACAAGUCCGAAUACGACCAACAGCCACCGCCUUUUAAUGGGAAGUACUGUUUAGUGAAUCUACCAGUGACUAUUCUUAACCUACCUCUACCAGAUGCAACCCUAGGACUGUGUCUGCCAGAUUCCUGUUCACCCUCAGAUGCUGUGGCACUAACUAACGCAGCACUGGCAACCAUUCAGCCCGGAGGGAAGCUGUCAAAGGGCGCGGAGUGUAAGAAGGAAGCCCUUGAGUUUGAUGACAAGGCUAUCGGUGCAGUGAUUGUGUGUGGAUUUAUUCUCGGCAUGAUGAUAGUAGGAACAGCGUACGAUGUGAUCAUUGUAAAGGGCGUACUACAGAAGAUCAUAGCCAGCCCCACAACGCUACCCGACAAAGUGGACACAACGACGUUUGUGUCGGGGACAGAAUGGGUGUUGUCGAACAUAUUGGUGGCGUUCUCCGUCUAUACAAAUGGUGCCAAACUGUUGAACACCAGUGCUCCAGCAGGCAGCCUGACUGCUCUCAACGGUAUCCGCUUCCUCAGUAUGACAUGGGUUAUUCUUGGCCACACCUACUCGACUGGGAUGAGAUACGCCCAUAAUGUUAGCACAUUUUUGCCACAAAUGGUCGACAGAUGGACCUUCCAGGCUAUUAUGAAUGCGUUGGUUUCCGUGGAUACCUUCUUUGCUCUAAGUGGUUUGCUGGUUUCUUACCUGUUCAUGCGCGAGAUGGAAAAGGCGAAGGGAAAGAUGAACUGGGGACUGUUCUACUUCCAUCGAUUCUGGAGACUGACUCCUCCGUACAUGUUGGUCCUGUUUGUGGACGUAGCACUACUGCGGUAUUUCGGUAAUGGUCCAUUUUGGCCGGAAGGAGGAUUUGAACGAGAUUUCUGUGAAGAUACUUGGUGGACUAAUCUACUGUACAUCAACAACUUAGUGAAGACUGACAGAUCGUGUUUUGCCUGGGCUUGGUACCUCGCCAAUGAUAUGCAGUUCUUCGUGCUGAGCCCGCUGAUGUUGGUUCCGUUAUUUUAUUCGAAGAUUAUAGGUACGAUUGUUUGCCUAGCAUUCCUCUUGGGUACCUUCAUAGCGACAGGUGUUAUAUCUACAAAGUAUGACCUCCCCCCGACUAGUUUUAUACCAAGCGAAAAAUACUUUGAGUAUUACUACAUAAAACCCUGGACACGUAUGGGACCAUACAUCAUAGGUAUAAUGGCCGGCUAUCUGCUGUACCGAUCGAAACUCAAGUACAACAUGAAUAAGAUUCUCAAUCUGGUUGGCUGGGCAGUAGCCACUACUCUGGCCUGUGUCGUUCUGUACGGUCUGUACGAGCCAAUAAGGGGAAAUGAAACACUGAGCACAGAGGUGUCAGCACUGUACAACACUGUCCACAGGAGUAUCUGGGGCGCAUGCGUCUGCUGGGUGAUAUUUUCCUGCGCAAAUGGAAGUGGGGGUUUUGUGAACACCCUACUGUCUUGGGAAGGAUUCGUGCCUCUAAGUCGCCUGACCUACUGUGCCUACCUCGUACAUCCUAUUCUACAAUCGGUCGUGUAUGGAAGUCUACGGGAACAGUACAGGAUGAGAGAUGUUACGAUGAUAACAUACUACCUGGCGUUCCUCAUGAUGUCCUAUGCUGUAGCCUUUGUUGUCUCCCUUUCCUUUGAAUCUCCAAUGAUGGGAUUAGAAAAGGCGAUAUUCAAACGAGGAAAGAAGAAAUGAAAUUGCCAUGUUUCAUCAUACAUUUCAUAAUUGUACGAUCUAGUUUAAUUGAGUUAAUUGUGUUUUUAAUUAACAUUCUUUAGACAAUAUAUACAUAGAUGUUUUUGAGUAAUCAUGGUAUAACAUCUAUACCUCAAUAUCUUGUCAUAUCGAUUAAUACAACAUAUCAAAUUUGAAUACAAUAUUAAUAAUUAGAACAAUUACAGUAAUCGACAAUCAUGAAAGAAAUGUUAUUGCAAAGACGUAAAUUGAUUUUGAGAUUAUUGAAAGAAAUGUAACCAUUGAUUUGUCAGUGAAAUAGCAGUUGGAAUUCGUUAGCGAAAUAUGGAAAUGAAACUAAUGUAUUUUUAUCAGACUUGCUCAACUUUAUGACCCAUAUGUUUGUAAGCGACGUUUCGGUCCUACAUCAUAUCAGCUUCAUCAUUCAAACGUUCGGUUAAGCGUACUUACACCGAGGGGUAAAAAUUCACGAGAUCAAAAUCAAAUCAACCGGUCUUUUCGCCUACGCUAUAACACUGAUGACCGAAAUUAAAAAAAAACUACUUUAAAAUAAUGUAUCUAUUUCAUUGACGGCACCUAAAUGAAGAUUGGUUUUUUGUUUCAUUCACACCAUACUGUCUUUGGUAAAUGUAUACAAUUGUUUAUAUUUCAGCAAUUGCAAUAUAGAUCAAAUUCAACGAAUGUGAAAAAUUGAUACUUUUACCAUUAAUUUGAUAUUUUCUUUUGUUUUUCAAUCGGUAUAUAAUGGAUUUGUUGUUGUGUCUCUAUCGAUACUUUACAUGUAUUUGAGAUUUUUGCAAGAGAUUAAAACAAUUUCACCCCAA